AUGGCAAUUGACAAGGUAGCUGGUACUUGUGGUGCGGAGGGGGAGGAGGAGAAGGAGGGGGAGGAGGGAAAUGCGGGAGUGAAAGGGAGGUGGGGACGCACGGGGAGAAGAAGAGGUAGGAUUGGGGGUGAGGAAAAGGAGGAGAAAGUGGGAGAGAGAAAGGAGGGGGAGGGAGAGGAGGAAGAGGAAGGAGGAGAGGAGGAGAAAAGAGAGGAGGAGAGCAGGGAGGAGGAGGAGGAGGAAGAGGAGGAGGGGAUGGAGUGGUUGGGUGGGUUUGGAGGAACGAGAAUGGAGGGGAGGAGGCACAAGGAGGAGAGGGCGAAGGUGGAGGUGGGGGAGGAGGGGGAGGGGGAUAGUGAGGGGGACGAGGAGCACAGGGCGCUGCAUGCGGCGUUGAAGGAAGUGCAGACGGCAGUGGAUAGCUGUCAGCAGGUAACAUGGCAAGGGAGGAAUGGUGAGGGUGUUGGUGAGGUGGUUCAAGUAGUGAGGAGUGGGGGGGACGAGGAGCACAGGGCGCUGCAUGCCUCGUCUCCCCUCCGCCCACCGUGUGCCUCACCCUCAUGCCCUCCUUUCUCAGCUGGUGGGGACACAUGGCUUGCCCCUCCGCGCAUGGCAUGGCAUGCCGCUGUGCAACCAUCACAUCGCUCUUCAUCAUGCCUCCUCUCAACUUCUGAGAAUUCUCAACCAUUGUGUGCUCUGCUGUAUGCUGCUCCCCUCUCAACUGGUGGAGGCGCCGCAGUGCAACCAUCUCAUCGCUCUUCAUCAUGCCUCCUCUCAACUUCUGAGAAUUCUCAACCAUUGUGUGCUCUGCUGUAUGCUGCUCCCCUCUCAACUGGUGGAGGCGCAUGGCAUGGCAUGCCGCUGUGCAACCAUCUCAUCGCUCUUCAUCAUGCCUCCUCUCAACUUCUGAGAAUUCUCAACCAUUCCAUUCUGUGCUCUGCUGUACGCUGCUCCCCCAUGCUCCCCCAUCAGCUGGUGGAGGCGCAUGGCUUGCCCCUCCGUGACCAUCUCAUCUCCCUUCACCAGGCCUCCUCUACCGCUGCUGCUCUGAAAUUCUCUCAUGCCCUUCUGGUGGAAGCGCACGGCUUGCCCCUCCGUGACCAUCUCAUCUCUCUUCAUCAUGCCUCCUCAGCCGCUGCUGCUGCUGCUGCUGCUGCCGCCGCCGCUGGUGCCGCUGGUUUCAUCCCCUUCAGUAUCCUCCGCCGCUACAGUGCUUGUGUGUGUGAAUCCCAGGGUACUAUUCCUGUAAAUCCCUGCAUACCUCCCUUCACGCCUCUUCUUAACCCCUCCACCAACAGGUGUUCACCGGUCACGUGGACCCUCGCUAUAUUCGCAGAUUCCAAGAUCAGUGUGAGCCAGGUACAGGCGCAGGCAGAGGGGCAGCAGCUGGGAAUGCGAACCUGCAACGACCAGGUCGACACUGCAGCCUGCUCCCUGCUCUGCGACCUUGCUCUCGCCCUUAACCCUCCCCCUCCCCUCUACAUCCUUCCCCAUUCCCCCUCCAUGCUUCUCCCAGUGAUUCUCUCCAGAAGUGACCAGGCCCACCUAGCUCUGCUCUUCCUGCACGUGCCUCACCUCCUGGCUGACCACUCCCACCUGCUGCCGCUGCACACUGCAGCGCUUAGAGCCCUCUCUGCCAUUGCUGCUUGCAGCAGCAGCAGAAGCAGUGAAGAGGGCUGCCCGGGGAUUCUAACAGAGGAUCAGUUUGCCCACCGCCUGCUGUGGGCCAUGGCAGCUGAUCCAGUCUCCCUGCAUACCACACCACCUUCACCCAACGUUGUCUCCCAUGUGGCACCGUCCACCAGUCACACUCCGCCACCUGGCAAGCACUGGUACCUCUCCCUCUCGUCCUCGCCCUCCCUUAUGCCUCGCCUGCUUGCUUGCUCCCGCUUCCGCCUCCGCUGUGCUGCACUCAUGGUGCACCUCAUGGAGAAAGGGGAGGUACCGUCACCUGCUGCCAUUCCCACUCCGCCACCCAUCCAGCUGUCAGCAGAUCAGAUCAUAUCCUCCUUCGUAUCAAAUCCCGCCAACAAGCCCACCUCCCCCGGAUGCGACCUCCCCCUGCUGCUGCACAAGCUCUACCUCCUCGACGUGUGCCUCGGCCAAUCGCAGCCCGCCACGUCAGUGCACGCCAUGCGGGCGUGGCUGACGUGGCUGCAGGCUGCUGCAACCAAGCUGUCCACCACAGACACGAGGACAGGCGCAGGCCAGGUAAAAACUGGUUGCACUUAG